CAUUUCCAUUUGUUUGUACCCGUCACAUGGUGCUAGAUCGUCCAAGCAUGCCGCUGAUUUCCCGGAGGAGAAUAUUCAUUUGGUCUGCAGGUUUGCUGGUAGCUUUGCGCCUUCAUUUCAGUCAUCUUUACACGUUCGUGCCUUCAAAGAGAGGUGCGCCCGGGAAGACGGGUCGCUUGGGGCCCAAGCGUGCGGCCAAGUCGUCGCUCUUGGAGAGCUCCGGCGUGGACGACUUGAUCACCUGGCGGAGCGUGAAGGAACGACGCCUGCGACAGGCCAGCGUCCUUUGGAGAAAGGAGGGCGCCAAUUGGACGGAUGAAGAGAUAGAGGAGGAGGGGAGUGGUAGUGAUUCAAUCGCCAACUUGAAACAUGGAACCAAUCUCCUCCUCAACGGUGCUCAUGAGUUUGUGCCCUGGGCCGACGUGCGAGCAGAGCAUGCCGAGCGGGGGCACGAGUGGAUGGAGAAGUUCUCGGUCGAGGAGAUCUGGGCACAUCACUGCCGAGUGCCCUUUGUCGGAGAUGAUUGGCGAAUGCUGUUGGAUCCCUUAGAACGGAUUGUGGACAAGGUGGAGCUUGCCUUUCUGGCUGUGAAACAUGUGAAGGACGUCUUGGACCCUUCAGUGAAGUUUCGAAAGGCCUACCGACUCGCCGCCCAGGCGCGGUGGAACAUCGAGCGGCGGCUGCGGCGCUGCGAUCGCUUCUCCCGCGCCUUUCUGCAGCUGUUGGCCUUCGACCAGAAUUCUACGGAGGCACAGAGGCGAGCGGCCGCGCAUUUGAUGAUCUUGUUCGAGCAGGAUGGGGUGAACUUGCAGCACAACGGCAUCUACAGAGAUGAUCCGGAAGCCUUUCUGGAGCUGCAGAAGGUGAGGGCUGCGGUGUUCAACAUCUCCUUGAUUUGGGACUACAACAUCGAUCGAGACUUGGAGAAUCGGGCGUACCUCAUCAGGGAUCCGUCGGAGUUGGAUGGACUGCCCGAGUGGAUUCUGAGAGAUGCGGUGGAGAUGGCACAGCAGGCAGGAUAUCCCAAGGCGAACCUGGAGACUGGUCCUUGGCUGGUAACUUUGCACGAUGCGGUCGUUGAAGGCAUCAUGAAGCAUGCAAAGGGCCGCGGCCUACGGGAGGUGGUGCAUGAGAACCGCGCACGCAUUGCCUUCCAGGGAGGCACCGGAAAGGGCGACAACACGCCUGUCUUGGAGCAGCUGCUGCGGAUGCGCCGGCGCUUCGCCAACGUGGUAGGCUAUAGAUCCCACGGCGAUGUGGUCUUUACAAAGAGCAUGGCCACCCCCAAACAGGCCUAUGGUCUCUUGUCGAAGCUGCGGCAGGAGGCCUUGCCGGUGGCACGCUAUGAGGUGGAGCAGUUAAGGAGCUUUGCCAAAGAGCAAGGAGCCAAGUACGAACUGGACCAUUUUGACUUGGAAUACUGGCGAGAGAGAAUGCUGGAAGAUCGCUUUGGCCUCAAAGAGGAGUACAUCCGUCAGUUUUUCCCGUUGGAUGCAGUGCUGCAAGGGCUCUUCAAUCUGCUGGAACGGCUUUUCAAUGUGAAGGUGAUCCAAGAGGAGACGAAGCUCGCUUGGUCCUCCGGGGUCACGUUUUAUCGUUUGAAGGAUCUCUCCAACAAAACCUCCUUCGUCUCCUCCGUCUUCUUCGACCCCUUCCGGCGCAGUGGGAAGCGCCGCGGCUUCUGGUCCUCGAAGAUCCAAGGCUAUUCGGAGCUGCUGGGAGAUCGCAACGGUCCGCGCCGGCCGGCGGUCAACGUGGUGGCAGAUCUGGAGAGACCUCAGGAGGGGCAGAGCCAACCGCUCCUGACGCACCGAGAGGUGGUCCAAGUCUUUCGUGUCUUCGGCUCGGCCCUACGGGAGCUCUUCUGCGAGCAGUCCGAGGGUUUGAUGUCGGGCGCCAAUGGCCUCGAGGUGGAUGUUCUGGAGCUGCCCAGUCACUUCUUGGCGCGUUGGGCCUACGACGAAGAGACGCUCCGGCGCUGCUCUCGGCACCAUGCCACUGGCGAGCCGCUGCCGGCGGCGGCGCUGGCGGUGCUGGCGCAAACGCGGAAGCUCUACGUGGCGCACCGAUUGUUGAAGCGAUGCGCGCUGGCGCAUGUGGACUUGGAAAUGCAUUCAGACUAUGACCCCUACAGUGACCUGAACAUCUACGACCUCGCCAAGCUCAUCGAGGCCGAGUACGCUGUGAUCCGGCCCAGAGUCCAGGAUCGUGAGCUUUGUAGCCUUCCUUUCCAUGACGACCGCUUCGCGGGCGCCUUGUACGGUGAUCUCUGGGCCGAAGCCUUGGCCGCCGACGCCUUCGCCGCCUUCGACGCGGCGUCGCCCGACGGGCUCCGGGCGCAGGGGCGACGCUUCCGGGAGCUGGUGCUGGCGCCGGGCGGCGGGCGAGCACCGGGCGACGCCUUGCAGGAGUUCCUCCAACGGCCUCCUGCCUUCUCGUCCAUGCUACGGGAUGCUGGGCUGAUUGACAGUGAGAUUCGGGAAGCUGCAGAUGUGGCUGCAGAGGAAGAAGAGGAAGGCACUCAAGACAUCUCCUAUGAGGAGCUUUACCCAGAUGCUGAUCGGUCUGAAAGUGAAUCCAGUGGGUCUCCCCUGGAUGACGACGACGAUGAGUAUGCAGAGUUUGAAGACUACUGAGGAA